UUUAUUUCAAUAUAGAAUUCACUGUAGAGGUGAUGCAUUGUGAAAUAUGUCAUAAAUAUUAUUGUUUGACAAAUUAAAAUUUAUGUUUAACAUCUUUGAAAUAUGGAUAACUGGACAAGUGAUGGUGGUGAACAGACAUGGAAAUGGAACUGGACAGAAUUAUGUGGUAAUCAUGGAGGUAUGAAACCAAUAAAUCCAGAGACACAUGAUCUUGAUGUUUGCUUUCAACAACUAUGUCUCCAGAUACCAGUUUUAGUCUGUAUUGCAGUAAUAUCUGCAUAUUACUGUGGAAAAAGAAAUGCAUAUACUAUUCAUCACUUUGACUCUAGUUAUAUUAUAAAUUGGAGAAUUUUAAUUACAUUGUGUCUUGUAAUUCUUCCAAUAAUUAGAGCAUAUAUUAUUCUUGCUAAUACUGUUCUGGUUCCACAACAUAUUGAUCCACCUAAUAAUAAUUCCAUGGUGCAUGAACAGGUCAUGACACCACAUACAAAUUUAGAUACAUUGGUAGACACAUCAGAUAUAAUACAACGGAUCAAAGAUGGAUUAAAUCAUACUAUUGAUUUCACAAAAUCAAUUUUUUCCCCAAAAAAUAGUACUCAAACUGUUACUGAGUCUUCUGUUACCACUAAUAUGCAGGAUUAUGAUCCAGUAUUAACUAUAAUUAAAGAUAAUAUUACAUCUGCCAAACCUAUUGAUUACCUAGUGGCAGGUACAGAAGGAUUGGCAUGGGUUGUUCAUCUUUGUUUCAUAUUAAGUUUAAAGAAAGGAAGAGACAUCAAUCCAAGAGGUCCUGUGUUUAUUCGGGCAUUAGUGUUUCUACUAAUUGUUAUUUCCAUAUUAUUACUAAGGAGUCACAUCAAAUAUAAUCCACAAGAUGAUGUUUUACCUAAUUUAUCAUUGGGAUUUAGUAUCAGUGUAGUUACUCUACUAAUACUCUAUGCUGUAACACUGAUACCAGGUCACAGCAGUUUAAGAGAUAUGAGAUCAUCCCAGUUUAAUGAAAUAGGAGAACGGACUGCUCUGUUGAGUACUCCUAAUUCUUCUUAUGUGAGAUUCUCAGAGGAACAGGACCCAACUUACCUUGGGACUGCUAUGGAAGAUGCAACAAUGACCUCUAAAAUUAUAUUCCAUUGGGUAAAUCCAUUAAUGGAAAAAGGUGUUCGGGGUUUGUUAAAUCAUUCAGAUGAUUUAUUUGAUUUACCAGAAUACUUCAGUACUGGCUAUAUUAGUCAGAAGAUUGAUCAUCAUUUACAAACUAUGUCCAGACAACCGAAUAGUACAAUGGAAAAUGCUGAAAAUUCAAUGUUAGAAACACGUAUUCAAAUUAUUAAAAACAAGAGAACACUGUUUCAUUUAUUACAUAAAUGUUUUGGUUGGGAAUUUUACUCAGUUGGAAUAUUAAAAUUCAUUAGUAAUUGUGCUUCAUUUAUGGGACCACUGUUACUAAACAAACUGAUUGGUUUCAUAGAAGACAAGGAUGAACCUGUUUUGAAUGGAUACUUGUAUGCAUUAUUAUUAUUUAUUAGUGCAUUAAUAGGGGCCUUUUGUAAUACUCACUUUACAUUUUGGAUGUCCAUUGUUGGUUUAAAAAUUCGUGCUACAAUCAUAACUUUAUUGUAUAGGAAAACCUUACAUUCUUCGGGUAUUCACUUGAGGCAACAAUUUAAUUUUGGUGAAAUUGUUAAUUUUAUGAGUACAGACACUGACAGACUUGUUAACAGUUGUGCAAGUUUUCAUGAAUUUUGGAGCAUACCAUUACAGCUAGUCGUGACAUUAUACCUUCUUCACGGACAAAUAGGGAUUUCAUUCUUAGCAGGAGUUACUUUUGCAAUAGUUCUUAUACCUAUAAACAAAUUAAUAGCAAAUCGUAUUGGAAACCUUAGUACAAAAUUAAUGGAACGUAAAGAUCAAAGAGUCAGACUUAUAGGAGAAACAUUGAAAGGAAUUACAACAAUUAAAUUAAAUGUGUGGGAAGAUCAUUUUUUACGAAACAUUUUCAAAUUAAGAGAGAAUGAAAUCAAACAUUUGCGAGGUAGAAAGUAUCUGGAUGCACUAUGUGUUUACUUUUGGGCUACAACACCAGUACUGAUUUCGAUAUUAACUUUUACUGCAUAUGUACUGAUUGGGAACGAACUUGAUGCCAAGACUGUUUUUACUAGUAUGGCAUUGUUGAAUAUGCUAAUAGGUCCAUUGAAUGCGUUUCCAUGGGUUCUAAAUGGUCUUACCGAAGCUUGGGUGUCACUUAAGAGAAUUCAGAAAAUGUUAGAUUUGCCAGAUGCAGAUAUGUCAUCAUAUUAUUCUGAAUCUGUACCUGAUCUAGACGUAGUGCUUCAAAAUGUAGUAUUGAACGUAAAUUCACAACAACAAUGUGUGAAAGAAAAUAGUGUUGAUACACCUGAAAGUUUUUCAAGUCCAUCUUCUAGUUCAGAGUCUAAAAAAACAGUUACUUUUAAAGAUGAUAGUAUAUUUACUAUACAUGAUAUUAACAUUACAGUUCCAAAGGGUAACUUAAUCGGUAUUAUGGGAGAAGUAGGUAGCGGAAAGUCGCUACUUUUAGAUGGUAUUUUGGGUGAAAUUACUAAAGUUCGAGGUACAAUAUCAGUGAGUGACAUUGAAAAGGGUUUUGCAUUUGUGAAGCAAAAUCCUUGGUUACAGCGUGGUACUAUUCGGGAUAAUAUACUUUUCGGUAAAUCUUACGAUUACAGCAAGUACAAGAACAUCUUGAAAGCAUGUGCUCUUAGUGCUGACUUAAAUUCUUUACCCAAAAAGGAUUUAACACUCGUCGGUGAAGCGGGAAACACUUUGAGCGGUGGUCAAAAAACACGAAUUUCUUUGGCGCGAGCUGUAUAUGCGGAUAAAGAUAUCUACCUAUUGGACGACAUAUUAGCGACUUUGGAUCCAAAAGUUGCUAGUUAUGUAUUUGAACAUGUCAUUUUAGGGUUAUUGAAAAACAAAACGAGAUUGCUAUGUACUCAUCAAACUCAAUAUUUAAUUCACGCGGAUUUAGUUGUCGAAAUGUCUAAAGGCAGGGUUGUUAAUCAGGGUAAACCGAGUGAUAUUUUACCAGACUUAGAGGAUUAUUUAUUAUCUUCAGAAUCUAUAGAUUCAGAUUUAGACAUUAUGUCUGUAAGCGACCUACCAAAAGAUUUCUAUCAGUCUGGUAUAAAUGAAAGGGAUCCAUUGCUUGAUGAAGAAUAUAAAGAAAAAGGGACUGUACGACUUGGUGUAUAUAAUUAUUACAUAAAAGCUGUUGGUCGUUAUCUGGCGAUUUCAAUAGCUCUUUCUAUGUUUCUAAUGCAAAGUUCUAAGAAUGUUACGGAUUUAUGGCUUUCUUAUUGGGUUACUCAUGUCAAUACAACAGCAACUAAUACUACAAAUCAAUCAACGCCUGUACAAUUGCAAUAUUUCCUUAAUGGCUAUAAUAACCCGACCACUGGUUAUUAUUUAACAGUGUAUGCUCUAUUAGUUUUCUUCAACACAAUUUUCACGUUAAUGAGGGCAUUUAUGUUUGCGUAUGGUGGUAUCCAAGCGGCUAUUACUAUACAUAAACAACUAUUGAAGGUUGUUAUACGGGCUAAAGCUGUAUUCUUUGAGAUUCAACCAUUUGGUAGAAUUUUAAAUAGAUUCUCAUCCGACACGUACACGAUUGAUGACAGUCUUCCCUUUAUUGCUAACAUAUUAUUCGCACAACUAUUUGGCUUGUUUGCAACAAUUAUUGUCACAACUUAUGGAUUACCAUGGAUACUUUUAGUACUAGCUCCGCUUAUACCAAUUUAUCAUUGGAUUCAAAACCAUUAUCGAUUAACAUCAAGAGAAUUGAAGCGUUUAUCCAGUACUGCCCUGUCACCAUUGUAUGCACACUUUAAUGAAACUUUGCACGGAUUAUCUACUAUCAGAGCAUUUCGCACUGUGUCUCGUUUCAAACAAGAAAAUGAACUUUUGUUAGAAGUCAGUCAAAAAACACAAUUUGCAUCUUUUGCAGUUGGCCAGUGGCUCGCGUUAAGACUUCAACUGAUUGGAGUGGCACUUCUAGCAGGAGUGAGCACUAUUGCAAUUUUACAACAUCAGUAUGACAUAGCUGAUCCUGGUUUGAUAGGUCUUGUUGUUACCUACACAUUAUCUAUAACUGGUUUACUGUCUGGAGUUGUAAACGCAUUUACCGAGACUGAAAGGGAAAUGAUCGCUGUCGAACGCGUGAAACAAUAUGUGGAGACUGUUCCAGUAGAAACGAUAAAAGGAGAUAAUCCACCAUAUGCUUGGCCAAGUCAGGGUGUAGUUGAAUUCAAGGAAGUGGUUUUGAAAUACAGGGAACAUUUGGUACCAUCUUUGAACGGUGUAUCAUUCGUCACACGACCAGCAGAAAAAAUUGGGAUCGUUGGGCGUACAGGUGCUGGAAAGAGUUCACUCUUCGCUUCCUUAUUUAGAAUGACAGAAAUAACUUCCGGAAGUGUACUGAUAGAUAAUGUUAAUAUACAAACUCUACAGUUACACGCACUAAGAUCACGAUUAGCCAUUAUACCCCAAAAUCCAUUCCUCUUUUCGGGGACUGUCAGAGAAAACCUUGAUCCACUAAAUCAGUAUCCAGAUUUGCAUAUAUACAAAGCACUGGAGAGGUGUAAGGUGCAUACGUUAGUGUAUCGUCUGGGAGGACUUGGUGCUGCUUUAGAUGAAAGUGGUAGCAAUCUUAGCGCAGGACAGAGGCAAUUGUUUUGCUUGGUUAGAGCAGUUUUACACAAUGCCAAGAUUGUCUGUAUCGACGAAGCUACGGCUAACGUUGACCAGGAAACAGACAAAUUUAUUCAAACGACGAUAAAGUCUUCCUUUCAGACUGCCACGGUUCUCACUAUAGCGCAUAGGAUAAGGACGAUCAUGCACUGUGAUAGGAUUCUUGUAAUGGGCGACGGGGAGGUCCUAGAGUUUGACGAACCAAACUUGUUAAUUCAGAAUGCUAAUUCUUAUUUUUAUCAGUUAGCGAAUCAAGAAUUUUCCAAUAAGGAAUAAUAUGUUUUCUGAUCAGAAAGUAUAUUAUAGCGUAAGGAAGCUGUAUUAUAAAUCAUGAUUAUUUUCAUAUGAAACUAGAAUUAUAUUUUAAUCUAUAAGUAUAACGCGAUGAUUUAGUAAAUAUUUCACGAGAUUGUGAUAAAAUACAA